GCUUCAAAUGAAAAAUAACUUAGCUGUACUACCCAAUGGAGAUUUAUUUUUCACAUAUGUGGACCAAGAAGAUAUAAAAAAGUUCAGUGUGUAUCCCUUCAAUUUACAACUGCAGUGCAUUGUGGCGUCUCGUGACAUCAUCUACUAUUCACAUAUAUACAACCUUAAAGUUGUAGGAAAUGAUAGCUCAUCAUUUUCUCCCACAUUUGCCCCCGGUGGAGAACCCAUGCAAAUGGAAACAGCAGUUCAAGGAAAAGAGAAGUUUCUUCACUGUGUAGCAAGUGGAAACCCUGCUCCUCAAACUAGAUGGUAUAGAGUCUUUGAAAAUGGCAAGACCAAAGAAAUUGUUAACGGUAAAGAUGGAAUUCUUAUCCCAAGAGCCAAUCAUGGAAGGGUGUUGCACAUUCUAAAGAUCUCUAAGGAGCAGCAUGAGCCUGGAAACUACAGAUGUGAAGUUUCAAAUGGUCAAGGAAAGACAUUGGUCUCCAAACUUAUCAAAAUCACUGUUUAUAGUGAGUCAACAUGUAUAUCAUUGAUGUCGACAUUUUGA